CCUGUUCACGACUUGUCCUCCUUCACUUGUCCCGCCCCCUUUCUCAGUGCGACCUCGGCGCUCCUCCGUCCACUAACCAGGACCAGAACCAUGGAGAGUUCCGCUGUUCUCCGCGCGCUGAUGGUGGUGAGCCUGCUCGUCCUCUUGUGUCACGGCCAGACGUCCCAGGAAGUGUCUGUUGAGGAGAUGGAAGGAGACAGAGGCGAACCAGGAGCGGACCGAGACUUGGUCGAAGCACUGGAUGUUUUGCUGGGCAGGAUGCAUAAUCGGAUUUCCACAGAAAAGAGAGGCAGUAUCCCGCUGUGUGGGAUGGGCGACCGUUGUGCCAUGAAGUUUGGGCCACGAAUCGGAAAGCUCUGCGACUGCAGCAGAGGAGCCAAUUGCAAUUCCUACCUGCUCAAGUGCAUCUGAAUCAUUUGCAAUAUGAAAGUUACGUCUGCAGGAAUGUGCACAUUUUCAAAACUGUUCUAUUGUCCUAUUCUGUUGUAGGCCUACUGUGCCCUCAUGAACUGUACGUUAUGCAUUGUGGUUAUCUUCAUGUUGGAUGUCCAGCAUGAGUUGAUAGUGUGUAGCAUGUAAGUGUUUCACAUUCAGUAAACAUUUUGAAUUUAA